CAACAAACACAUUAUCGCAUUCAACAAAAUUUCAAUUACGAAGACUAUUCUCUGAUAUUCCUUUGGUGUUAAAUCUUACUGCAGAGGAAAAUUGCAAUUUGACUCUUUUAAACGCCUUUUCUGUUUCUCUUCACAGCAAGUACAGUUCAACACCACCUUUUAUGAGUCACCAGUUGUCCUUGUGUCUGUACAUCACGAUUACGAUCAUAAAGUAAAGAACCACAUUCCACCAGAAUACAGUAUAAUAACAGCCUGGGUCGAGGAAGUCGGUCUGACAGCCAUGAGGAUUUGCGUCAAAGACCUGAGUGGAUCAGGAAGUAAACAAGACCCUCUCUCUGUCAGCUAUGUUGUUAUUGGAGACUUAAACCCGUGCCUUGACGUGCAUUGUCCAUCAUUUGGAGUGUGUAAGACUUUCAGCGCUCAUAAAGCUCGCUGUGUGUGUUACGAAGACUGCCCUUCCUAUCAUGACCCAGUGUGCACAGCGAAUGGAACAACACACGACAACAAAUGCUGGCAUGAGCUGUACUACUGUAGAGGACUGGAGAAUAAUCUUGUGUAUCACCCAGGAAGCUGUGAGGGUUUCCCGAUUGUGCAUGGUCGAGUAGAACUUCUUCUUGUUCCAAAGUGGUCCGAUUCAAGCUGCCAGACGGUUGCUUUUCCGCCAUACCACUUUUAUCCAGAUAUACCGGUCCAUGUGCAGAUAACCGUCAAUCAUAUGAAUCUAAACGAUUCUGACACUGUCCACGAAGCCAUUACUUCCUGGACUGAAAACAUCAAUACAAAGAAUUUUACAGUUUGCGCAAUGCCAUCUGGGAGAUUGAGUAAGAACUUUAAUCCAUUCACGACUGUUGAUUGGAUGGCGUAUCAGGGAGCACAGCCCGAGGGAAUGACGGGAGAAAUCAAGAUGCAGAAAUGGUGGUCUGGAACAAACUGUGCAGGUGUGACUUUUCCCAAAGUAGGAUUAGCUGCCUGCCUUUUCUCUCUUUUCAUGAGAAAUUUUAAUUGAUGACUGGUAGAAUUUUUGUGCAAUUAUAAGUCAAACGAGUUAACAACUUUUCGACAAAGCUUUCAUCUUCAUGCUGUACCAUACUAUAUACAUCAUUUUUUUUUUGUCGUUGUGAAAAGAAAAAUGAUAAUAGCAGUUUUCCUUGGUCCACACUCAAACUACGAAAAUCACGCCUCAAAAUUCAGUAUGAAAAGCUUUUCAGUGAAAGUCCUCGCCAUGGUCUUGGUUCAACUUGUGAUGUACAUCUCAUGGUGACUGAGUCGAUUGUUUGAAGUGCAUUUUCUGCUAGGAAUACUGUUGAAAAGUGAUGUUACCUUCUUUAAUUUGAUUUCACAUUUCCUCCUCGCACUUUUUCAGAACAAGUUUAAGGACGAGC